GAGUGGUUAGCGCACACCUCAUCACCCUCCUCCCCAGCCGAGAGAACACAAGCAAAAAAAAGGCAGUAGAUAAGCGGCGGCAGCCAACGGCGGAUCAACGAUGAGCGAAGAUAUCUAACUAAACCACGAGGGCGGCAACGAGACGUAGCUUUCCAUACAUGUCAUCGGCUGGCUGUCCUCCUCCCUUGUUUAUCCCCAGCAAUAACUUCCUGCUGCUGGCACUGGGGAGGAGUGGGAUUCUGAUGCCGAUUUAAUUUCGCCAGGUAGGCGCCCUGAAUCGCCACACCUACCCGUCCGGCCGCCCCAAAUCAUACGGCGACGAGCGACGGGGUGGAUGCAGUAGAUGCCUUCGUCUUCUCCCUUCUUCCUCUUCUCCCGGAUCGUAGUUUGACGGAGCGUAGAGGGCAGGGCAGCAGCGGCCAUGUCGGCGUCGGUACGGCACGGCUCGUCGAGGGCCCAGGCAUGGUUCUGCACCACCGGGCUGCCCAGCGACGUCGUCUUCGAGGUGCAUGACAUGACCUUCCACCUCCACAAGUUCCCGCUCAUGGCCAAGAGCCGGAAGAUCCACCGCAUGCUCACCGAGCAAGAGGAGCAGCGUCCGGCGCGGGGACGGCGGCGGCGGAGGAGUAGUGACGGAGGCGAUUCCGGCGAUGACGGUGCUGCGGAAACGGAGAUUGAGGAAGCCGACGAUGAGGAGGAGGAGGGGGCCGAGGAGCAGCAGGUUAGGAGGGAGGACGACGGGCAGGUGUACAGCAUUGCGUUCCCGGAUUUCCCGGGCGGGCCGGGCACGUUCGAGGCGGCGGCCAAGUUCUGCUACGGCGUCCGCGUCGACCUCACCGCCUGGAACGUCGCGCCGCUGCGGUGCGCCGCCGAGUACUUGGAGAUGACGGAGGACCACGCCGAGGACAACCUCGCGGCGCGCGCGGAGGCCUACCUGGACAAGACCGUGCUCCAGCACCCCGGCGACGCCACCAAGGCGCUCAAGUCCUGCGAGGAGCUGCUGCCGCUCGCCGAGGAGCUCGGCAUUGUGGCCCGCUGCGUCGAGGCCAUUGCCGCGCGCUCGUCGGCCACGUCGCGGUCCUGGUUCGACGACCUGGCCGUGCUCGGCUUGCGCAUGUACAAGCGGGUUAUGGCGGCCAUGGCCGCGCGCGACGACGUCAGGGCGGAGGCCCGGGAGAGCUGCCUCGUGUCCUACGCUAGGGGAACCAUCCCGGGGUUGUCCAGGUCCAUGCGCCGGCGCCUCGCGUCCGCGCCCGUGUCGUCGGAGGUGGAGCAGAAGGAGCUCCUGGAGGCGGUGGUCGCGAGCCUCCCCGCCGACAGGUGCUCCGGGCGCGUGGUCACCGCCAAGUUCCUGUUCGCGCUGCUCCGGACGGCGCACAUCCUGCGCGCCUCGGACGCGGCGCGCGCGGCGCUGGAGCGGAAGGCCGCCACGCAGCUGGAGCAGGCCACGCUGGAGGACGUGCUCAUCCCGAGCUACUCCGGCGCCGCGGAGACGCUCUACGACGUCGACUGCGUCGAGCGGAUCGUCGGGUACUUCCUCGCCGAGGAGGAGAUCGGCGGCUUCGCGUCGUCUUCGGCGGCGAUCGAGGUCGAGGAGGAGGCCGGCGCCGAGGUGUCGCGGCCGUCCGCCGUGGCUAUGGUGCAAGUGGGCAAGCUGGUGGACAGCUACCUCGCCGAGGUCGCGUCCGACGCCAACCUGAAGCCGGCCAAGUUCUGCGAGCUCGCGCUGUCGUUGCCCGACCACGCCCGCAUCUACAACGACGGCGUCUACCGCGCCGUCGACAUCUACCUCAAGGCGCACCCACGGCUGACGGCGGAGGAGCGGGACAGGGUGGUGGGCGUGGUGGACUGCCGGAAGCUGACGGUGGAGGCGUGCACGCACGCGGCGCAGAACGAGCGCCUCCCGCUGCGCGCCGUGCUUCAGGUGCUCUUCUUCGAGCAGCUACAGCUCCGCCGCGCCAUCACGGGCACGCUGCUCGCCCCCGCCGGCGCCAGCGCCGUGCCUCCGCGCGCGAUGCGGCAGCAGCGCCCGGUCUCCGGCGAGUGGCGGGGCGCGACGGUACUGGCGCAGGAGAGCCAGGUGCUGCGGUUGGACAUGGACAGCGUGGCGAGCCGGGUGCAGGAGCUGGAGCGCGAGUGCUCCAGCAUGCGCAGGGCCAUCAAGAAGAUCGACGGCAGCAGCGGCAGCGGCAGCGGCGGCCGGUCGCCCGGAGGUCGCAGCGCGGACGGCGGCGAUUUGUCCGGGCCCGCGGUCGGCGGGUGGAGGGCGCGGCACGGGUGCAAGUUCAGCACGCAGGUGUGCGACUCGCACGCGCGCAAUGUGGUGGCGUCCAGGGCAUCCAGGAUCGGGAUGAGCCCGUAGCCCAUACGUUCAGUUGCAGGACUCGUCGGUAUCCUCUGGUGCUAGCUUCAGAAAGCACGAAAAAUUUCAAGCAAUCGCAAACCAACCGAUUGGGAAUCAGCAGCAAUGGAAUUGAGAAUGUCUGAGAAGUUCCUGAUUCUUAACUGUUGGAGAGAUCCAAGAUCUCAGGUCCUGCACAUUUUCAUCUCUGAUCCGUGGACCUGAAACUGAAAGGCACCAUAUUGCCAUGGCCUUCCGUGCCGGCAUGAGAGGGCUAAGGAUCCGUGUGCAUUGUCUGUAAUGUAGGAGGCGGUUUGUAAUGUAGCAAGGCAGGUUUUGGUUCCGCUCGUUUCUACCACUCCAUUCCGUGCAUGUCCAAUUGUCUGCUACUGCUCCGUUUGACAUGUUACAUGGAUGCUAUACAAAGGACAGUCGUCAACACCGGACCUGUCAGGGUUUCAUCAGAUUGCAGUACACGUGCCAAUCUUGCCAGGCUCACCGGGAAUAGCCUACAGCCCUACAUGACAAAGCUUGUGUUCUGAACAUGACAUCUGGCCAGUACAUUCGUUGGUCUCGUCAUCUUCCCCUGUACCUUGAAGUGUGUGUUGGUUGCUCAUUGCACAAAGCCUGAAUUGUUGCAGAAGCACUCAAUCUGCUAUGGGUGAUC